CGCUGUGGUUUUGCUGGCAGGCUUCGUGGCCUGUGUGAAUUACAGCUUCCUGCUAGUGAAUUACCUGCAUGACGUGAAAGACGUGCUGCAACUGCACCAGCUGAGAACAGGAGAGUUCCUCAGGAGCCUGCCCCUGGCUGUGGGCACCGUGGUGGGGGUGAGCAGCAGAAAGAAGCACGCAGACUUCUUCUACCAGUUCACCUCCUUCACCACUCCAGGAAUAAUCUACCACUGUGAUCUGACCUCAGAGACUCCAGAGCCCAGAGUGUUCAGACAGGUGGAGGUGAAGGGCUUCGACCCCUCGGACUACCAGACUGUCCAGGUGUUCUACCCCAGCAGAGACGGGACGAAGAUCCCCAUGUUCCUGGUGCACGCCACGGGGAUCACACUCGACAGCUCCCACCCAGUCUUCCUGUACGGCUACGGGGGAUUCGAAGCCUCCAUCCAGCCCUACUACAAUGUUGCCUACCUGUUGUUUGUGAGACACCUGGGUGGGAUCCUGGCCGUCGCCAACAUCCGCGGGGGAGGAGAGUACGGGCAGACCUGGCACAAAGGUGGAUGCCUGGGUAACAAACAAAACUGUUUUGAUGAUUUCCAGUGUGCUGCUGAAUAUCUGAUCCAUGAGAAAUACACCACGGCCAGUAAACUCGCCAUUAACGGAGCAUCGAAUGGGGGACUUCUAGUUGCCUCCUGUGUGAACCAGCAUCCGGAGCUGUUUGGCUGCGCUGUGGCAGAGGUGGGUGUGAUGGACAUGCUGAAGUUCCACAAGUUCACCAUCGGCCACGCCUGGACCACGGACUACGGCUGCUCCAACAACAAGGAGGAGUUCCAGUGGCUCAUCAAGUACUCCCCUCUGCACAACCUGCCCCUCCCCACCGACCCCGCGCCUCCCUACCCAGCCAUGCUGCUGCUGACGGGGGAUCACGACGACCGCGUGGUGCCCCUGCACUCCCUCAAGUACACAGCCACCCUGCAGCACUGUGUGGGCCGCCGCCCUGGCCAGAGACAGCCCCUGCUGAUCCGCAUCGACACCAAGAGCGGGCACGGAGCCGGCAAGCCCACUGCCAAGGCCAUCCAGGAGGAGGCACACAUCUUCAGCUUCAUCGCAGAGACCCUGGGGCUGAGCUGGAGGGACUGAGCACAGGCAGAGGGGCUCGGCUGAGACACACACUGACACACUCUUUGAUUCUAGGACUGUGUUGGAGGGAUUGAGGACAGACACACACAGUCUGACAGACUGGACACACAUCUCCUUCAGGGCUGACACACACUCAGACAGACACAUACGCACACUGUAGGCACAGACAGAUGAAUAAAGACACACAUCAAGUAUACAGACUAACACUCUCACAAAGACAGACAGAUGCACAGACAAGCAUAAUAGGUGUGUGUGUGGGGGGGGGAGGCUUUUACCUUGAAAAAGAUUUGAUGCUGUGUUUCAAAAUAAAUCAAUGAAUGUAUUUUUUUAACAGUUAA